AUGCCAAACCCCCGCGCCCUCACCCUUGAGAUUUCCCCGCGCGUGCUGUCAACACCAAUCAGAUCAGCCCAUACUCCCCCCUUCACCGGUCCCCGCUCUACCUUUCCGCCGACUAUUCCGCCCAAGAUGUGUCCGACCGCGCAUUCCCCGCAUCUCCCCGCAAGGCCGCUUUCCGCGCAGACCUGCCUGAAGGCCAUGGCUGCUAUGGCGUCAUUGUUCCCCGCGCUUAGCUCCGCCGCGGUUUCCGCCAGUUUCUCCACCGUCUCGUCGCGGAGCAAGAGCCUCGCCUGCGAGCCCCUCACGUUCUCCAUGCGCUCACUCCGCCUCGCCGUCCCUCAGGCCGCCGCCACCACAGCACCACUGGUCGAGCUGGCAGCUGACGUGGCGGAGGCCACGUCAGCAGUGGAGGAGCUGCCGCUACAGUUAGCAGAGGACAUCAAGGCGGCGCGGAAGGAGGAGCAGCGGCGCAAGCGAUUGGUGCAGAAGAGGAAGCUGAGGAAGAAGGGCAGAUGGCCGCCCUCCAAGAUGAAGCAGCACCAGAAUGUGUAA